CAGUUAGUAGCAGUUUCUUUAUUGUUCGUGAGAAAGUUUGUGUUGUGAUCCGUCAGAGCCUCUGUGUGUCCGGAUAAACCUGUCUGAAUGGACUUUGUGCUGUUCACCUUUUCUUUCUGGAUGUUUUACCUCUGACUCAUCUCCCGGUAGACUACAAACACAUUCAAGUUAGCUUAGCAUGCUAGCUGGUUAGCACCACAGCGCUAGUCAGAGUGACUGUUUAAUGGAGAGCAAACUGUGUUUCUGACGGAGUUUGUGUGGAGAAAAAGUUGGUGUCACUGUGUGAAAAAUGUCUAAAGUCCAAACGGUGAGAGCGCUGGUGGAGCAGCGACUGACUGCGGCUGCUGAAGAGAUAUUUGGGCUGUUUGAAAGAACGAUAGCAGAGUACGAGGAGGAACUUUAUCGUUCAAAAGAGAAGAACGAGCGACAACAGAAACUACUGGACGCUGUUUUCAACCCUCAGAUUCAGCUACACAGAGCAGACAUUCAGCAGCUGUUGGUGAGCGAAGAAGAGUUUCCCUCUGAGCAGCAGGAGAGGAGCUGCAGUCUGGACCAAGACCAGGACCAGGAGGAGCCAGAGCCCCCAUACAUUAAAGAGGAACAGGAGGAACCUUGGACCAGUCAGCAGGGAGAGCAGCUUCAGGGGCUGGAGGAGGCUGAUAUCACCGAGUUCACAUUCACUCCUGUGAAGAGUGAAGAAGAUGAAGAGAAACCUCAGUCCUCACAGCUUCAUCAAACACAAACUGAACAGAUGGAAACAGAAGCUGAUGGAGAGGACUGUGGAGGACCAGAACCAGACAGGAGCUCUGAUCCAGAUCCACAUUUACAACCUGAUACUGAGGACGAGUCUGCAGACUCUUCUGAACCUGAGACUGAUGACAGUGCUGAUUGGAAGGAAACCAGAGAACCUCAGUCAGGUUUGAACUGUUUGAAAAAAGAUGGCGGCCCUGUCAGAGAUUCCAGAUUUAGUGCUGAUGAGAAACGAUUUAGCUGCUCUGAGUGUGGGAAAAGAUUUGGCUACAAGUACCAUUUGAAGAGACAUAUGAGACUCCACAGAGUAGAGAAACUUUUCAGCUGCUCAGUUUGUAAGAAAACGUUUACACUGAGUGGAACUUUAAAGUCACACAUGAGACUCCACACAGGAGAGAGACCUUUCAGCUGCUCAGUUUGUAAGAAAACUUUUACACGGAGUGGACAUUUAAAGUCACACAUGAGACUCCACACAGGAGAGAGACCUUUCAGCUGCUCAGUUUGUAAGAAAACGUUUACACAGAGUGGAACUUUAAAGUCACACAUGAGACUCCACACAGGAGAGAGACCUUUCAGCUGCUCAGUUUGUAAGAAAACUUUUACACUGAGUGGACAGCUAAAGGCACACAUGAGCCUCCACACAGGAGAGAAACCUUUCAGCUGCUCAGUUUGUAAGAAAACUUUUACACGGAAUGGACAUUUAAAGUCACACAUGAGAGUCCACACAGGAGAGGAACUUUUCAGCUGCUCAGUUUGUAAGAAAACUUUUACACUGAGUGGAACUUUAAAGUUACACAUGAGACUCCACACAGGAGAGAGACCUUUCAGCUGCUCAGUUUGUAAGAAAACUUUUACACGGAGUGUACAUUUAAAGUCACACAUGAGAGUCCACACAGGAGAGAAACCUUUCAGCUGCUCAGUUUGUAAGAAAACUUUUAGACAGAGUGGAACUGUAAAGUCACACAUGAGACUCCACACAGGAGACAAACUUUUCAGCUGCUCAGUUUGUAAGAAAACAUUUACACAGAGUGGAGCUUUAAAGUCACACAUGAGACUCCACACAGGAGACAAACUUUUCAGCUGCUCAGUUUGUAAGAAAACUUUUGCACAGAGUGGAAAUUUAAAGUCACACAUGAGACUCCACACAGGAGAGAAACCUUUCAGCUGCUCAGUUUGUCAGAAAACUUUUACACUGAGUGGAACUUUAAAGUCACACAUGAGACUCCACACAGGAGAGAAACCUUUCAGCUGCUCAGUUUGUAAGAAAACUUUUACACGGAGUGGACAUUUAAAGUCACACAUGAGAGUCCACACGGGAGAGAAACCUUUCAGCUGCUCAGUUUGUAAGAAAACUUUUACACGGAGUGGACAUUUAAAGUCACACAUGAGAGUCCACACAGGAGAGAAACCUUUCAGCUGCUCAGUUUGUAAGAAAACUUUUGCACAUUGUGAAACUUUGAAGAAACACAUGAGAGUCCACACAUGAGAGAAACCUUUCAUAAAUGUGCUGGCCGUUCAUCCUCAAAGUUUCAUCAAACUGAGGAGAACAAAGAGGCAGAGCCUCAAGCCAGCAGCCCACAUGAAGAGAUGCAAACAUCUUUUUCAAUCUUUUUAAAGGACUCGAGAAAGAUUAGUAUUUUUUAAAUGCUUCAAAGCUUGUAGUAACUUUUAUAAAAAUGUAAUCUGUUUGUAUGAAAUGUACCUACAAUCUCGAUAUAAUUAAACAAUACUUUCUUUUCCAUGAUGUGAUAUGAUAUUAAUUUUUUUUGUUUUUUUUGUUUUUCAAAACAAACUUUCACCAACUGAUAUUUUAAUUCAAUAUUUGAUUGUAGAAGUGUAACAUUUACAACUUUUUUAAAUAGAAAAA